CGUCGGAGGUCUGUUCUUCGCCGUCGCGCUCCCCAUUUUCCUUUUUUGUUUUCGGUCUUCAUAUUCAGACGAUGUCGACACCACAGACAGAAUCUCAGGCGGACCUCCGCGCUAUGGUGGAGAAUCUGACCGCAACUGUGGCGUCUUUGGCCAGUCGCCUACCGCCACUCCCGGAGCAGGAGGUGGACGUCAGUACUUUCUACCUGGAGGACGAUGCGGCCUCCAACCCGGUCUCUUCACGCCCUCCAACACCUACGGGUUCCCCUCCGCCUACAGGCCUAGAUGGGGAAGAUGAGGAGGGGGACUCGGAGGCACCCCCAGGUGCAGACAACUGGCUCACAGAAGGAAGACCUGAACGCUGCCGUAAGGCUCUUGUUGAUUUCCCGCGCUUGAGACUUCCUUUCCUCAUUGUGCCUGAUCUCAACGUGGAAAUGAAGUCUUUGGUGCGGGAGGCAGCAAGGGACCGGAGGCGCACCGGCACGGAACCCGACCUGGACACAGGGGUGGGCCAAAGAGACCAGGCACUCAGGGAUGCGCAAGCGGCCAUCUCAUCAGCCGUGAGCCCUCUGGUGGCCCUACUGGAGAAAUGUGCCGAUCAAGGGUCGGCACCAACGGACACCCUUGCAGGCUCCAACAGCCGUAUUGAGAGAAGGGUGGUGGCGGAUCACCUGGCAGCCUCCCUCUCCCAGCUGGGACGCUUAUUCGCCUUCCUGGGGAACGAGCGCCGGGAAAGCGUUCUCUUCCGGAUCGCGCCAGAGCUGCGAUCCUUCGGCACCCAGGGGUCUCGACCGGAGGAUGAAGGGGCUGACCAGCUCUUUGGAAAGUCCUUUCUCGAGCAGAUCAAGACCCGAAACGCCACUUUUCAAGCCCUCCGCGAGGCACGCCAGGGGACCGCCCGCGGUUCCACGGAGGAGCCUGCUGUCAAACGGAGUCGGCUUACCCCGCCCACCUCCACCAUCCCCCGUCGCCCAGCCCAGCCCUUUCAGGGAAGGCCUUUCCCGGGGGGAUACCAGGGAAGGGCCACACGAAACCCCAGAGGCAGGGGCAGAGUCUAGGAAUUUUCAUCAGGCGCCGGUGCCCCGACGCCCCAUCGUUAAAUGCAUCAACAUCCCCCUUGGUUUGAAAUAAAUUCUUGAGUGUGCACACCCUUA